AUGGUGCAAAGUGCCGUGUCCGUCCACCUGGUCCUGACGCUCUCUUUGAUCCGAGUGGCUAAAGUGUUUUGGGCAAAAGAUCCACAGCCAGACACAGAACGCACUGAUCUGUCUGAUGACCCAGAAUAUAAGAGUCGAAUGUUGUACAGUGGAAAUAAAAAUUGUACAAUGACUCUGAAGGAUAUGAAACUUGCAGAUGCAGGAUUUUAUCACCCAAGGAUUGUUACUGAUAAUGCUAAAGAAAAAUGGCUCGGACAACCUGGACUUCAUUUGUUCAUCACAGAGCUCUCUGUGUGGAUCCCCAGGCCAGUGGUUGAAGGUAGUGAGGUGAAGAUGAGAUGCAACAACUCCUGUUCUCCCGCUCAGAAACCCACAGUGAUUUGGAGAAAGAAUGGUGUAGAUGUAUCUGGUCAACAAACAAAACAUGACCAACUUAUCCUUGGCAGAGUCAGUGUUGAGGAUGAGGGCAACUAUUCCUGUGCCCUGAAGGGCUUUGAGGGGCAUCCAUCUAAACCUGUGAAACUAAACACUAUGUUCUCUCCAAAGAAUACCAUAGUGUAUAUCAUGCCUGCUGACAGGAUAGUCAAGGGACGUUACGUGACUCUGACCUGCAGCAGUGAUGCCAACCCACCAGUGCAGAGCUACACCUGGUUAAAGGUGAAUGAGUCCACUCCAGUAGGAUCAGGACAGCAGUACAGCAUCACUAACAUCAGCUCUGAGGAUGAAGGACUGUACUACUGUGAGGCCAGCAAUAAAUAUGGAGCUGAGAACUCAACUGUCAUAACAAUCACAGUUGAAGUAGAUAACACCCUUAUGAUCUACAUUGUGAUUGGAGUUUCUUCUGGUUGUGGAUUUCUGGGACUGCUGUGUGCUGGCUGCUUCAUCAGAGUCCGAUGUAGAGCUGAGAAGUCUGAGAACACAAGCCGACCAAGUCCACACAAAAUGAAGCCAGAGGAAUCCAAUAGAACGGACGACUGUGAUUAUGAAGACUGCACGUUUGACAACACCACUGAUAUGGAUUGCGUGUACCAGAACUUUAAUCCAAAUACUCAUGGCUAUGAUGACGAUGAUGAGGUUUAUCAAAAUGUUUAGAUUCACAAGUUAUCCAAAGGCAUAUUGUAUAACCAAGUCACA